GCGCUGAGGGUAAGGAGCCGGGGACUAGAAGCAAAGGAGGACUCUCAAGGCAAGGCACCCCGUUAGGGAUCGCGCCGAGUUUGCCCCCACGUUUCGUGCAGGGUUCGAGAGUUUUAAGGCUGCAAGCGAGCGCCCCGCAGGCUCCCAGCGCCGCGCCUGCCUCCGCCCUUCCUGCUGCAGAGCCAGUUCUGCCGCUCACCUGGCGGGGGAAGGGACCGUGUCCUGAGAAAGAGGGGGGGAAAAGGCUGUCCGGCCGAGGAAGGGGAGCCACGGCGCGCGCAGGAGGCGAGCCAGCCCUCGCUUUCCUCUGUCAGCUCAGCCGAGCCUCCCUCGCCACCAAGUUUGCUGGAAAAUCCUGGCCCUGCAGCUGACUCUCGUUUCCAGUACAACUACGAAACUUGGGAAUGUCAGACACUUCUGUGGGUCGAAGCAUACCAGUUGAAGUGGAUGAAUCCAUGCCAUGGUCCCCAUUUCCUGAACAUGUCUUGGGAAGAGCUUUGCAGCCUUCUGGAGAAGAUGUAGAGGAUGAGAAGUCCCAGAGACCGUGUGCCACUGGAACACCUCAGCCUGUGGCUGAUCCACCAUGCCUCUGCAAAGCAUCAGCACGUCAUCAGUCAGCACUGUCUGUGGAGCCAGACAGCAGCUUGUGGUCAAAAUACACCAGUUCUGAUGGAGAUGAACACUUCUGUUCCCCCAGUGAAUCAAUAGCUGGAGCAAUUCCCUCCAAGAUGCAUCUUGUAGCUAUGGACAAACCAGGCAUGCAGCCAAGAUCACAGCUUUCAGUUGACACUGGGCAAAACUCCAGUAAAUCAGAGCAGAGCCUGUCUGUUGUUCCUGAGGACUCACUGGAGGAGAGCAGCCAAGGGAGUUCACAGUCACAGCAACCCUUAGGAAACAGACCCCCAGCAGAGCUGAGGGCGGUGGACAUAAGUUACAACUCCCAGUCACGAGACGUCAUGGGCAUCAGGCACCUGGAGCCCCCUUUACCGCUGGUGUCCGUGCUGAAUCCCCAGGACCUUCCAGGACCGCUGAUCUCCAGAGAGUUUUUUGGACCUGAUCAUCAGCAGUGCCCUAUGUGCCAGCACUUGCCCCAUCCCAAUGUCACCUCACAAGCUCACGGCUGCUUUGUACACGGCUGUCCAGCAGAGCAGCAUCUCCAGGGCCCAUAUGGCAGAGCUCCUUACCAACAGUUUGCACAUAUAUCGCAACCGCUUCCUCCUGUUCCUGGACCUUGCAUAAGAGUUAUCCGCCCAGCCCAGCAAGUCAUCCCAAAUUACUCAAACUUCCGUGCUCCCAAGGGCACCAGAGACCGACCACCACAGAGGACAUGCUCCUCCCCUGGUCCUCCUCGAUUCCCAAACCAGCUAUACAAUCAGCUACCUAAUGGUCAGUUGUCUCCCAAGCCAUGUGGCCCAGAGGAAGCGUGCUGUUGUCCUUCUGACAAUUUUCCAUCUCCAGCUGCUGUCCCAAGACCUCUCAGUAACCCUGCAGCCAAGGGAACUCUCAGAACCAGCAAUUUGCCGGAGGAGUUGCGCAAGGUCUUCAUAACCUAUUCGGUGGACACGGCGGUGGAGGUUAUGAAAUUUGUGAACUUCUUGCUUGUAAAUGGAUUUCAAACUGCUAUUGAUAUAUUCGAGGACACGGUACGAGGUAUUGACAUCAUUAAGUGGAUGGAGCGCUACCUAGGUGAUAAGACGGUGAUGAUAAUCAUAGCAAUCAGUCCAAAAUACAAACAGGAUGUGGAAGGGGCUGAAUCCCAGCUGGACAGGGAUGAACACGGCUUACAUACUAAAUACAUCCACAGGAUGAUGCAGAUUGAGUUUAUACAACAAGGAAGUAUGAACUUCAGAUUCAUCCCUGUGCUUUUUCCAAAUGCCAAAAAGGAACACGUGCCUACCUGGCUGCAGAAUACUCACAUAUAUAACUGGCCAAAGAAUAAGAAGAACAUCCUUUUGCGGUUACUGAGGGAGGAGGAAUAUGUUGCUCCUCCAGUAGGACCUUUACCAACCCUCCAGGUUGUGCCGUUAUGAACAUUAGUACUUAAAGUGCAUGACAAGCAGUUGUUAAAGCGUUGUUCUUGGCAGCGUGCCAGUGCUCUUCCAGAUGGCUCUUUCUGAUGACAGAAGACACUCUUUCUGCUAAAGGAAUUGGUUGUCUUGGGUAACUGAGGCUCAGCUUGUUUCCUACCAUGUUGAACGUCUGUUUCUGAAGCUGAUGGGAUAGAACUCUUUCCUCUAGAUUUUUAAAUAAGCUGCAAAAGGAAAGAAUGCCCAGGUUUAUUUUAACAUCUGGUUUUAACAUACUUUUAUUAGUCGAUACAGCAAACAAAUACCAGAAAUAAUGUUGCAAUAAGUGUAAAAUAAAAAUUACAACCUCCAUAGUGCUCAGGGUUUCUUUAAAGAUAUCCCUGCCUUGUAUAGCAUUAUUGAACAGUUUGUUUGUAUAUACACUAUUAAAUAUAUUGCCUUUUGUAAGGCAACCUUAUACAUUGCGUCAGCCUUAUUAUGCUGGGAGCAACAGAGGAAUGGUGACUGUUGGGUAAUGCAAGUUUUCCUUAGCCUGCCUUGCAUAAAGACACUGUCUUCAAUUAGAGGUCUCACAGAUCUGAAAUCUCUGGAGUUCCAUUUCCUUACAGCUCGGCCCCUUACACCUUCAGCGUGUUCCAGCAAUAGUCGACAAAAGGAGAGUUAACCACAUGGCUACGUAUGUGCUGUCAGUACCACGGAAUGCUACAAUCUUUUUUAUAGCAGGCCUUUUGCUACAUUACUGCUUUUCAGCCCUUAUUUAAAACAGAGCACAUCAAAGGACAGUUGGCAUUUGGAAAUCCAGCAAUUGUUAAGAGAAAUAACAUCGACUCCUACAACUUAUAUGCAGAAUGGAACAAUGAAAUAAUCCAAGGUGCUGGAGAGCCAUGGGAUGUUGGCAACAAGGAAGGCUCAACAACAUCACAUCUGCUAAGAUCUGAACUUCUUUGUUACAGACACGUAAAUAUGACUUUGUUGAGGGUUCUUUUUUUUAAAACUGUCUUAAGCAUACUGAGGUCACAGUGGACCCUGUUGGCUUACAAUUCUGCAACCCUUAUCCUUCAGAGCAAGCGUACAAGCGUGUCCUGCUCUGACCCAGAGCGCUUCAUGCUUACUCUUCCCAAGAUUCUUUUCAGCUUUGUUUUUUUUGUUAUAGAAUGACCCGUACACAGCUCUAUUAAAAACUACAUGUGUUUGGUAGUCUGAAAAGUAAAUUAGCCCAGAAGUAGAAACUCCUGUUACACCACAAAAAUUAUUUACUUAGCUUUCCAUGAAGGUGGUGCCAGUGUGGUAUGUUGAUACAAGACACACUUUGUGGUGCUCAUGAGGGACAAUUUAAGAACCACGUUGCAGAUAUACUCAGAUUUUCCUCUAGCAGGCUUCUCGGCCAUUUAAGAGAACUGGGAGAAGGGUGUAUCCAGUGUUUUCAACUCUUAUAUAAAUUUUGAUUGUGGCAUUUGCUGCGCUUCUUAAGACUCCAGUUUCUAAAUUGGAAGUUGAAGCUCAACAACUGAAAUAGGCUAACACCUGCCGUGCCAGCAACUUCCUGAAAGGCACAAUAAAAUUGUGCGAGGUAGUGAUACUUCUCGUUACCUACUUGCAUGUUGCGAGGGGAGGUCCAUUUUCCGUGCAAUGAUAAACUAAGCUUCCAAUUAAGAAAAUAACUUUCUAGUACAUGGUGACAAGCCUAAAAUAAUGACAGAAAUCCUUCUUAAAAAGUCAACGAAGUGAAGGCAAAAGGAGUGGGACGCAGGUACCUAAACACUGAUACUUAGGGUCACUUGGAGAGUCCUACAGCAUUGAGCUCAACGUCCAGGUUAAGGAAGUCCCCUGAAAUGCUACAGCACAUCUGCCAACUCAGUAUAGCUGUCUCUGCUAUUUUAGGACAUCUGAAGCAUUUUAGCACUGUGAACUAGUCAGUCUCAAAUGGCUUCUGACCCCCUUUGCCAAUUUCUACCACAUUUAGCAGGGAGAAGCUCUAAGAUAUUAAGGGUCUACAAGUUUCAUGGAAAAAAUAACCUGAGCAAAGAGCUACCCCCAAACCUGUGUGCUGUAGAGAGAGGCAACCGGGGUUCAGGCCUGUGGAGGUCUCUUCCCCGAGGUGGACAAGUGGCCAGCCAGUACUCACAGGAGUCAGAGCUGGACAUCCUGCCGCUGGACAGGGCUGGCGAGGGGCUGGGAGGGCUUUUGGGGAGUACAGCCUGGGUAAAGAUGGAGGAGAAACGUCUGUAGGGAAUGAGGCUGUGUCAGUUUUGCUGCUUGCAAAGCAGCAUAUUAGGGAGUGCAGUUAAGCAUUCAAAAUGAUUAGCAAGGCUGGGUAGUAAAUUCCUUUCAUCAUUUUGGCUGUCAUCCUAAAAUAUGUGCUCUAGAUUUACCACAGAUUUGCUUGGUUUGGGCCAGGGAAUUUCAUUAAGUAACUCCUGCAUCAUGUGAUACACAAGGUUGCAUUAAAUGGUCCAGUGAUCAUUUUUAUUCAUCUGUUUCAAUGAUCCUUUUCUGAAAAACAAUUCUAGCAGAGCGCGGAAGAAAAACUAAGCAUUGGUGUUUAGGAAUUACAAAGAGCCCAAUCUAUUUAAAUAGAUUGGGGCUUUUUUUUUCUUUAAUUGAAUAACAAUUCCCAGGAUUCAUUGAUCUUUACAUUAGUUAGAGCAUCCGACAAGAACAGAAACCAUGAUGGGGAGAGUGUGAGUAAUGAGCUAGCAGCCUAGUGAAUCAUUUCCCCUAAAGCUUUGUAUUUGUAGAGAGACAGAUGGUGGGAGCUGUGAAGAGGGAGAGGGAGGAAAAAAGCAGGUUUUUGCAAACAACAAAAAUAGGGAUAGAGGACAGUGACAAAAAGAAAUAACCAGCAGGUAAAGGAGAAGCAGAAGCUGAGAGCACACAGGCUGUUUCAAAACUGACACGUCAAUGUUAAAAUGGUUAGUGUUACAGGAAAAUAUAGGAAGGUCAUUACAAAAAAGACCUUUGUGGCCGUGAGGGGAAAAAAUUACCAAAAGCAGGACGUUUGUAGACGACCUCUUGAGUCAGUUAUUAACUUUAUGUGUAAACAAUGGGGAAUGGCUGAAAGUAUGCAAGUCUCCCUCCUGCAGGCUGGCAGGUACCCAUGGAGGCAAAAGGCAUUGCUUGAACAAGGCCUUUCAAGGCCAGGUUGGACAGGGCCUUGGGCAGCCUGAUCUAAUCCACGUCCCUGCCCGUGGCACGGGGUUGGAACUGGAUUAUCUUUAAGGUCCCUUCCAACUUAAACUGUUCUCUGAUUCUAUGAUUCUACGAACAGCAACAGCAGAGCCAGGGGUUUCUGUCACGGUGCCUGUACAUUUGCAAGGGGCGCGUGGGAGAGGAACUGCACUGUCCCUAAGGUGGAAAAUACGCAAAGCGAGAGUUACACACUUAACACUGGGAUGAGUGCAGCACUAAAAGACACAGAAGUAAUUGAGAAAGAGCCUACUUGGGGGCUUGCCAAAGCUCAUAUGACAUUAAUGCAUGUAAAGAUUUUUUUAAUGCGAGUCACCUGUGUGACAAAAAUAUGGUUGUAAAGUUUUUAUCCCACAGUUAAGCUGGAUCAGCCUUUCAAGUGAGGGAAGUGUAUGGCAGUUCUAGUAUAACAUUAAUCAAAUAAAGCCUUGCAUGGAAGACAUGAAAUGCAGCCUUAAGAGCUCCUUUUCUCCUGGUAGGCUUUUAACUGGCAUCAUUUUGUGCCAUUUAAGAAAAUAAAGCAGCAGAUGUCCCUGAAGCCUCUCUGGGCCCAGAAGCAAAGCAGAUAACAAAGCUGGUUCAUUAGAGCAGCCCCACCAAAGGGCACCUUGCUAAGAGCACGCCCUUCCCUCGUCUCCAGCCAGCAACCAGGCUGCAGGUACUAGAGACCUGGGCAUGUUCAUAACAGCAUCAGCCCAGGCACCAAACUUUAAUGGCGUGGUCAGUGGAGCUCCACAACGAGAUGUAGUGAUGGAGGAAAAGGAGCAAUUGCCACUAUUUAUCAUACUUAAUGUUGGAUUGGAGGCACUGGUAAAACCACAGGAUACCUGGUCUUAAAAGGUAAUGGAGGGGGAGUUAAGUGGCCUUACAGUACAAAAGGUCUACCAUGGUAACGAAGGAAAACACAUCUGAGUUUCCUCACCCUCAGGAUGCAGAACAGGUGCACGUUAUCUUCCAAAGCAAACAUGUCUUUUGUUAUGCUUUGGCUUUAAUUUAACAGGCUCACCCAUGCCCACACCUGCUGGAUUCUGCACUGUUUAACUUGUGUUUGGGAAACAGAUCCUGCCUGGAAGGUCACAGCUUUCAGCAGUGUCCCCCUUCACCACCCUUCAUCAUGACGUUGCUGCAGGAAAGCACUCCCUCAGUAUCGGGUUUGCAGUACCAAUGGACUGGCACUGCUCCUUCUCCCCAGUCCCCGACAUGGGUCUUCUGAAGUUCACAGCUGGCAUGCAGCACAUCAGGAUCACUAGAAAUCACCACUGUGUCAUUUCUGCUUGAGCUGCUACAGUAGCUGCUCACACGGGUCCCCACAGCCAGCACAAAGCACACUGGCACACGAACAACUCACAAAAGCCCGCUGCAAAGCCUUCUCUGAGAUGCUAGGCCUUUAGACACACACCCCUCCCGCUUUUUCUAGUGAUAUUAUAAUUAGUGGAAGAAGAACAGUAUCUGUAUUUGUGCGAUAUUUGUAUUAAAACACUUAUGGCUAACACUGAGAGGUGUUCUGUGGUCUGAGGGAGAAGCACGUCUGGAGCGACCAGAGGUGUCCAUCGCAUGCCUGCUCUGAGCCACAGCUGCAGAUGGGCACUGGAUGCUGCUGCCCAUGCAGCCAAAGCCAAACCAGGCCCCAAAGUGCCAGCCUGCAGAAGGAGGCAGUGGAGAAGCAACUUCUCCAAUGCUGGCUCCAAACUAAGACAGGAGUAGGCUGGGAGAGCUCAGCCUGGCUCCAGCCUUCGCAGGCUCCCAGCCUUGCCUCAGCCUGAUCCUGGAGCUGUGCACAGACCACCAGCUGCGUGUCCCUGUCCGUGGCCAAGAUCACUUAUAAACAAAGAGAAAAACAUCUGAAAUGAAGUUUCCCAGCCUGACCAGAUCUGCCAGUCAGGCUACAUUCCCAGGGCUCACUGGUGUAGAUGGGACCAGACAAAUAUAAAUGCACGUAUCCUCUAUCGUGACUACACACACAACAUGCCGUUGUGCAGAUCCCUGCAAACUGCAAGAAAUGCCACCUAAUGCAAAGUGAGGGAUUUUUUUAAAGCUCUUUUUCUUCAUUGAAAGGUAUCAGGGACUUCUCCAGUUUCCAGAGGGGGAGGGAGCAAGUGCCUGCCUGGUCACCUAACCCUUGGGUCAGAGGCGCUUCACAGCACCUUCUGCAGCCACUGAGCCCUCAGGGAUAAUGGGAGGACUCAGGGAAUCACAGGUGAAACACGGAUGUAUCCAGUGGGUGUAAAUCCCUGAAGGACUGACUGUUGUGGAAGGGGAAAAUUUGGCCCAAAUCCUGCCAGGGAGUAGGUGACUUCCCAACGCUUAAUUUGCUGGUUGGGCAGAUGAAAGUCCUCUCUGCUGUACUGUGCCAGUCUUCUAACGGGGGGCAGGAAAUGCUGUGUACAAGCUCUAGAAAACUACAAAAGUGUGCAUUGUUUCUGGGGCUGCAGAAAAGGUACCACAAUGACAGACACAGGACAAAAAAUAAUUAUUAAAAUAGUUAAUAAUUAAAAUUGAUGUUAAAAAAUCAUGGCCAGCAGUGAGCUCAUUAUGGCUGUAUUACAUUCUUUGGAUUUUCCACUUGUUUUUCUGAAGGAAUAUGUUCUGGAAAUCCUACCUUGCAGGCUUUCUUCAAAGCUACCUUUCUUUACUUCUGCUGACAGUCCUUACAACACAUUUGUUCUGUACAUUCUUUGGAUUUUCCACUAGUUUUUCUGAAGGAAUAUGUUCUGGAAAUCCUACCUUGCAGGCUUUCUUCAAAGCUACCUUUCUUUACUUCUGCUGACAGUCCUUACAACACAUUUGUUCUGUUCUUCAUCAGCUACCUCCAGUAGAAACGCACUAAAUGUGAUGCUUUGUGACUAGCACGUUUGGCACUGCAACACUCUCAUGUGCUGGCCUCAGGAUUUCCAGCAAGCAGCAGGUGCUGCAGUCUGCUGUUCAAAAGCCUGCAGUCUUCAAAGGAAGCAAUUUACUGAGAAAAGACUUCUAAACACGUAACACUAAAGGGAUUGAGUUGAGUGGCCCAGAAGCAGUGAGUGCAUUAAAAAGUCUUUCAUCCCUAGGCUGGGAGACAGAAUGGAGCCCAGCUUGGCACUGACCAACCUGGUCAGGUUAGGAUCUGGUAGCACCACCUCAAUUCUCAGCAGGUCUUGUGUGCAUCUCACUCACACGUGUGAAUGCACCCAGUCAGAUGCACACAACACCCAUCACAGUCUACCUCCCAGUUCUUCCCUCCAAGCAGGUCGUGCAGAUACACUGAGAUCCAGCCUCAGCAUCAGUACAGGCAGUUGCGGACCAUUUCUCUUUACAGCAGGCUGAAGACCCCUAUCAACAAUGAUUGGUACAGAUGCUCAGUACUCGCUUUCCCCAUGUACAGGGUAGAGGGUAAGGCACCAAAAAAUCAUUUGGAAAAGAGAAGUUUUAUUCUCCACUUUACUAUUGCAUUGCUGUGGACAGCAGAAAGUUAGCAACUCGCUUUGCUCCAGUCUCCUUACCUAAGACACUAGGACAAUAGCAAACUGGCCACUUAGGUAAAGUUACCA